AUGUUUUUGAGAAAAUAUCUAAUUUCUAAGCUAAAUUACACAAAGCGGCUAUUGCAAGUUGACUAUAGUUGGCAUGAAAAGGAAGUGCCGCAACAAAAGUUAUACCAUAAUAUUUCAUGCUGUCACCCCAAUGAAUAUUCAUCACUGGGUAGAAUAAACAUUUUGUCAUAUUUAUACUCUUCGUAUUUAAUAUCAGUGUACAGGAGACAUUAUUCAAAUAGAAUCUUUGAUGGAGAUGUUACAACAUUAAGAACACAGCAUGAAAAAGAGUUAAAAAGGAUAUCGGCACUCUUCCCAACACCCAGGGUCACUCUUAAUGAACUGAAUAACAAGACACCAGAAAAAGUAUUUGAAAUUCACUAUAGGCAAAAUGUUGUGGCUCCAAAAGGUGCAAGGAAGAAGGUGGGGCAGAAUAAUGAUUGGAUUUGUACAUAUUCCUUUGUUUGGCCUGAGAAGAUUAAGUUUGAAAGUACAGCAAUCUCCAAACGGCAAGCUGCAGAGAAAUGUGCAAUGCAGGCACUACACUGGCUGUAUAUGAACAAUCGAAUAGAUAAAAAGGGCUGCCCUAUAUAUGAUAGGAAGGUAUUAGAAGAGAUUAGAAGUACACUUAAUGAGCCAAUAUGUGCAGCGAUUAGUGAUAAUUCCAUGGAACGAAUUGAGAGGAUAUGGAAUGAAUAUGAGAAUGAUAUAAAACAUAUUUAUGAAGCGACUUUUAAAAAAGCAAAACAAAGAAUGUUUUCAACACCAUUCAUGUUAACUAAAGAUUCGACGUUAGAAGAAGAAGAUACCCUACCUGAGGAAACUCAAGAACUUCAGUUCGAUGAUGGAGAAAGAAGCUUAUUAGAUAGCAAGACAUCAGUACACCCAGUGUUCGGGAGACCCGUGAAGCCGCCGUCUGAAUCGACACUAGCAAGGCGCGAGAGAAUGUUGAAGCAGAAAUUCCAGUAUUACGAUGAAGAAUUGACACCUUUGCCCAUCGAUCAAUACGCUAACGAAAUAACAACAAAACUUCAAGAUUCAAGAGUUCUGGUGAUAGUCGGUGCUGCCGGUUGCGGGAAAUCAACUCGCGUGCCUGCAGCCAUAUUGAGAAAAUGGGGCUCCUCAGUAACUGCCAUAGUUUCGGAACCAAGGCGUGUUGCAGCUAUUGGACUGGCGCAAAGAGUCGCCGACGAGUUGGGAGAAGAGGUGGGAGAGUCGGUAGGCUAUCAAGUUAGGCUACACGCUAAAGUACCGCGGCCGUCGAGUGGUAUAGUGUUGUACUGCACAUCUGGUGUACUGUUGCGAAGACUGCAGCUUAAUCCUGGGUUGGAGGGUUGCUCGCACGUGUUCAUAGACGAGGCGCACGAGCGUGACGUGAACACUGACGUCACUUUGUUGCUGCUAAAACGCGCACUGGACAUUAAUCCCGCGCUCAAAGUUGUUAUAAUGAGCGCCACUCUCGAUGUUGAAGUUUUUACGAAAUACUUCGAUUCGUGUCCUAUCGUGGAAGUCCCGGGUCGCACUUUUCCCGUAGAGUUGUCCUAUUUGGAGGACAUUCAAAAGAAGUUUCAUUUGAAACUACCAAUGACCUUGGAAAAUUGUACUAAGGAAGAUGGCAAACCUCAGAUCAACUGUCAAGAAGUUGUGGACGUGAUAAAAGCAGUCGACAAGACCCAGCCGGAAGGCGCCAUCUUGGUUUUUCUUCCUGGUUGGGCGGAAAUCAAAUCGGUGAAAACGCUUUUGGACGAGCAGUUUGCGAAUUCUAAUCUCCACAUGGUGUUGCCAGUUCAUUCUAGGUUAUCGACAACGGAACAAACAAAAAUGUUCGCGAAACCGUCCCCCGGCGUAAGGAAGAUCGUUCUAGCAACGAACAUCGCGGAGACGUCCAUAACCAUACCGGAUGUGAUCUACGUAGUCGAUACAGGAGCGCAUAAGGAGAACAGGAUAAAAGAGGGAACAGGUACGGCGAGCUUGGAAACUGUGUGGGUGUCCCAGGCUGGCGCGAAACAGAGGACUGGACGUGCUGGAAGAGUGCAACCAGGUCAUUGUUACAGAAUGUACACGAAAGAGAAAGAAGCUGGUUUCACUCCUCACACGACGCCUGAAAUAUUAAGAAUACCCCUGGAACAGACAGUACUGGACUGUAAAACGUAUGCCCCGGAUGAUAAGGUUGAAAAUUUCCUAUCGCAACUUCCAGAACCCCCCAGUAAGAAAUCUAUACAGUUGGCGGUUAACGAUCUAAUUGAUUUAGGAGCUCUAUCGCCAUCAGAGAACCUCACGCGUUUGGGAAGUUUACUGUCGACGAUGACACUACAUCCCCGGCUGGGCUGCUGCGUGCUGCACUCUGCUGUACUUGGCAACACUGUAGCCGCGGCAAACGUUGUCACACACUGCUCGGAUAAUGUCGAGUUGUUUGUAAACGCCGCCGACAGGAGGGAAGAAACCCGGGAAAUCAAGCGUAGAUACAACGAAACAUCGGACCACGCUGCCUUGCAUUGGAUACAGGACGAAUUUGAACGAAAUCUGGAUGAGAAGGGUUGGAGCGGUAUCGACGUAUGGUGCGAUGAUCUGGGUCUGAGGAAGGACAGGCUGAACUAUGUCAAAUCAAUAUCAAAUCUCCAUUUACAACAGUUACUAAAGUCCGGUAUAAUCGAGCCGAAUCCGGACGCGGAGGAAUUGAACCGGUUCUCUGAUAUCGACGAAUUUACGUCGGCCAUCUUGUUGUCCGGUUCCAACUCCCUACUGAAAACGAGAAAACACGUACGCACUAAAGGAAAGCUGAUGAGUGUUGUUGAAAUUUUUACUAGUUCCGGCGACAGAGCGCACAUAGGCAGCGAAAGCGUCAACUACGCGAUAAACAAGCGCAAACACGGAACUCAACUUCUAACCUACUUCGGCGGAUAUCAUUCCACUGAGAGGCGAGCGCUAGUUGUGUACAAAACGUCUGUUAUAUCGCCGCACACCGCUUUGCUGUUUUGUAUGGGAAACAUAGAGAAGCAGGAAACAGACGGUAACGACGAUGCGGUCAUAUUAAGUUUACCGAGACACAAACUUAGUGUUCAUGUUCCUUCUAGCCAAGCCGAUCACAUUCUAAAAGCAAGGGAAAUGCUCUGGAAAACAUUUCAAUAUUACAUUGAGAGGGAUUUGAAGAAUCUCAGCUACGACGACUUUACUAACAUUUCUAGGUUCAAAGUCAGACUGGUAAAGGCUGUAGGCAGGAUAUUGGUCGAAGCCGACGAACAAUCCUUACAAAGGAAAAAAAUUGAUGACGAAAAUAGAUAA